GUUGUGGAGUCGCCUUCGUGCAGCCUCCUUUUCCCUCUCCUCCCCACCAUCUUCCGCUGCCACUUUCGCCGUCGUCGUCGGCGCCAGCCACCGCCCUUCUCCCCAACCAACCACGCGCUUCCCCUCUCCGCUUCCACCUCCUCUCGGGUUCCCUCCCGUCGAUGCCACCGCGCCAUUCCUCUUCUUCUCCUCACUCGCCCUGCGGCUGAAGCAAUGGAGCUCCCGUGCCCGAGGCUGCUGCUGCUUCUUCGUCUUCUUGUGUUCUUGGUUGCGGUUUCUUGGCCGCUCUGCGGCGCAGGGACUGAAGGCCUCGGAGUUGGAGAGGAGGGGUUGAGCAGCAUUGGUGCUUCUUCUGGUUCUAGGAACGUUAGAAGACUUCUGCAGACUGGUGGAGUAAACCAAGGUGCACCAGCUCCUCUACCACUUGAACAAUCUCCAUCAGCAUCAGGACCGGUGUCUUCUCCAUCACCCUCGCCAUGGGUAUCCCCACCGAAAGGCUCACCAUCACCAUCACCAUCUUCAAAAAUCAUAGCACACAGAUCUCCACACCAUCCAUUCACAACCCCUCCACAAUUGGUUAGGCCUAAGCCUACAACUCGGCGAGCUGAGCACGAUCAUUCAGUUGAAACUACAGGUCGCUCUUGGUUUAAACGUUCCUGGACAACUUAUGGUUUUAUCGCAGCAGGGAUUGCUGCUCUCCUUAUCAUAUCAGCAGCUGGUGCAUUCUACUGCCGAGCUAAAAAGAUGGGGACUGUGAGGCCAUGGGCAACGGGACUUAGCGGGCAAUUGCAAAAGGCUUUUGUAACCGGUGUGCCUGCAUUGAAACGAUCAGAGCUGGAAACAGCGUGCGAGGAUUUUAGCAAUAUAAUUGGUUGUACAUCUACCUGUACACUGUACAAGGGAACUUUAUCUAGUGGAGUUGAAAUAGCAGUGGCAUCAAGUUUGGUAACGUCUGCAGACGAUUGGUCAAAAGAAUGUGAAUCUCGGUACAGGAGAAAGAUCACAAGUUUGUCCAAAGUAAGCCACAAGAACUUUAUGAACUUGCUUGGCUAUUGUGAGGAAGAGCAACCUUUUACCAGAGUGAUGGUGUUUGAAUAUGCUCCAAAUGGAACACUUUUUGAGUAUCUGCAUGUUAGAGAAGCCGAGAAGCUGGAUUGGAUGACGCGGCUCAGGAUAUCCAUGGGAAUCGCUUACUGUCUCGAGCAUAUGCAUCAGCUUAAACCACCUGUUGUGCCAAGGAAUUUCGACUCGACGACCAUAUACCUUACCGACGAUUUCGCUGCAAAGGUGUCCGACCUUGAAUUUUGGAGCGGUGCAAAGGAACCAAAUCCAGCCACCAGCAACUCCAGCUCCUCCUCGGACCUCGAGAACACGGUGCGCAAGUAUGGCAUGGUAUUGCUGGAGAUGCUGACCGGAAGAGUUCCCGAUUCUGAGGAGGACGGGCCACUGGAACGGCUGGCGUCUCGCUACUUCGAUGGCGAGACGCGCCUCGCAGAGCUGAUUGACCCGAGCAUCGGUUCCUUCUCUGAAGAAGCCGCGCGUUCGCUGUGCGAAGUGGUGAGGAGCUGCAUUGAUCCUGAUCCUAAGAGGAGGCCGACCAUGGCGGAGGUUGCAGCUCGGAUGAGGGAGAUCACCGCGCUGGGUCCGGACGGAGCAACUCCGAAGGUGUCGCCGCUGUGGUGGGCUGAGCUGGAGAUCAUGUCCUCCGAGAGCUAAUCACUAGCUGCAUCAAGAAUGGCAUUUUUCUUAAAAUUUUUGCGGGGAAAGAAUGGCGUUCAUGUCUGAUGUCUCGUUCUGAAAAUUCUUUCGUUUGUCGGUUGCCGCUAAUCUUGCUCGUGGAAUUUGUGUUCAGGUAGAAUCUUAGAAGAUGUUCUGAAUGUUUGUUUCCUGUGCAUAGCUGCAGAUAUAGUGAGUGCUACUUUACAUGUAAAAGAGUGGUUAGUUUUCAGCAGACUGAACUGCAAACAUUUUAGCUGACUCUGCAAUGGACAAAAGAGUUCUGAGUUUCAUC